CACUUGGAUCACCAGAAGCUUCUGACCAGCAGCUGAACACAACAGAGAAAAGAGAGGGACGAAGGGAGAGAAAUGUAUUCUGCGUGGCUAUUGGUGGUUGUGACGGUGAUGGGCGUCGCCAGAGGAGACGUCAGUCAGUGCUGGGAACAUCUAAGCUGUCAGGACGUCAACUCCGAGACGAGCAUCAUGGAGUGCAUCGCGCUGUGCCGCUCCGACCUCACCGCCGAGGUGCCAGUCAUCCCGGGUGCGGCCCACCUCCAGGCUCCUCCUCCAUCAGAGGCUCCGCCUAUCCUCUCUCUUCUAUCCUCCUCCUCCUUCCCUGCCUCCCCCCAGGCCAAGCGCUCCUACUCCAUGGAGCACUUCCGCUGGGGGAAGCCCGUUGGGCGCAAGCGCCGCCCGGUCAAAGUGUACACCCCCAACGGCGUGGAGGAGGAGUCAGCCGAGCUGUUCCCCCCCGAGGAGAUGAGGAGGCGCGAGCUGGCCGGGAAGUUGCUGAUGGAGGAGGAGAAGGUGCAGCAGCAGCAGCAGCAGGAGGAGGAGGAGGAGGAGAAGAAGAAGCAGCUCCCAGGUGACCACCACGAGAAGAAGGACGGCACCUACAAGAUGAAGCACUUCCGCUGGAGCGGCCCGCCGGCCAGCAAGCGCUACGGCGGCUUCAUGAGGAGCUGGGAGGAGCGCGACCAGAUGCCGCUGCUCACGCUCUUCAAGAACGUCAUCAACAAGGACGGACAGCAGUGAGGGGGAGGAGGAGGAGGAGCAGACAGCACGGCCCACGAGUUCAUCACAUCAGAAAAAAACAAAUAUCACGAUGUUUCUCACCAAAUUACCUCGAUACCUCGGCGAUAUAUAUAUAUAUAUAUAUAAAUAUAUGGAUGAAUAAAUGGGAACAGCUGACCCAAUACAAGAUGCAGUUUGUUAUUCCCCCUGCUGUUAUUCCAGUAAUGAAGCAUUGAAUAACUGUUUAAAUCGCACAAUUUCAGACAACACUAGAAUGUCUCCGAAGGUGAAAGAUAUCUAGUUUGAAAACACGUUUUCACAAAUGAGACACUUAUGCUGAAAUAUACAAUAUUUGACUUAAUCAUGGAUUCACCUGUCAGAAUAAUUGCAGUAGUUUGGGUUAAAUGUUCAUACAGUAAAGGUGACCAUCUUUAACUCCUCAAAAGCCUGAAUCCUGAAAAUUCCUUCAGUUAGAACAGUUUAAAUUAUAUAAUUUUUGCUCUCUGCUCACUUUGAAAAUUAAAUACGACUCAGUUUCAAACCUCUUAGAGAGGUUUUAGAAAGGGACAGUUGCUUUACUUUAACACCAAAGUGUCUUCUAAAGCGCUGAAACGUAUCUUCUGUGACUCCUCCCACAGGAGAGAAAGAGGGUUCUUAUAUAUAUAUUCAUUCAUGUAAAUAAAUGUAAAUGACAUCAAAACAUAAAGAUAUUUGCAAGCAAAA